UGUUCAAUCUGUGUGUUAAUGAGACAAAUGGGAGGGUAGACACCACGGCCGGCCGCUGCCUGACAUUGCUCCCAACAUCAGAGCAGGAAGGAUUCGCCGUGCGUCUGCAGAAAGCUCCAGAAGACGAGGACGCCGUAAGGACCAGCCCUCUUCAUCAUCACACACCACCACCAGAUCAUGAGCACUCACGAGCACGACAACCACUCUUUUUACAUCAAUGGAACGCCGUGGUUCAUCUUCGAGUGCACCUUAAACCUCGACACAAAGUACCGCCGUGUCGCUCUCUUCCUGCUCUACCUGCUAAUCUUCAUGGUGGGCCUGCUUGAGAACUUGCUGGUGGUCUGGGUAAACUGGCGCAGACGCCACUCGGCCAACGGGGUUCUGUUCUGCAUCCUCAACAUGACCCUGUCGGACCUGAUGGUGAUUGUAGUCAUGCCGUUCUUCAUGAUGGAGGUCAGCCUGGACAAGGUUUGGCUGUGGGGCCGUUUUCUCUGCAAGGUCACACACCUCGUCUACGUGGUCAAUGUCUACAGCAGCUCCUUCUUCCUGGCCUUCAUGACCCUGGAGCGCUACCUGUCCCUGACAAGACCUUCAUCUCCCGCCUGCUUCCCCGUGUUGGGCCGGAGACGCUGGGUGCUCUGCGGCGGCUUAUGGCUGCUCUCAUUGUUCCUGGCACUGAUGGAGAAUGUUCAUGUGGAUUUGCUGGAGUGGGAGGAGCCAGGCUGCUACAUGCUGCCCGAGGACAACUUCAUUGAAUGGUUUGUGUCGGUGGGUUUCCUUUGCUUGAUCUUCCAGUUUGUGGGGCCUGCUUCCGUCAUCAUCACCUGUAACGUGCUGAUCGCUCGGGCAGUGAAGACAACACCGGAUGUGCAGGGCCAGCGAGAGGUGUGGCUGGUGCACGUGUACUCAGUAGUGUUCCUGAUGUGCUGGUUGCCUUACCACAUCAUCAUGUUCCUGUUGAUCAUAGAUGACAUUAACCCCUUCCUCUUGAGCUGCAACACGGUGGAGGUGCUCUAUUUCUCCUACACCGUGGUGCAGGGCGUGUCCUUCUUCCACUGCAUCGCCAACCCAAUUCUCUACAACUUUCUCAGCAAAAGCUUCCGUAACAAUCUGAUCAACACAGUGAUGACCUACUUACCCAAAGAGGGAAUGUUGGAGCAGGUGGGAGGAGGAGCCCAGCCUAAUGCUGCCAACGGUGGGGGAGCAGAGCUCGGGAAGCAGCGCAAGCUCAGUAACACCAGCACCAGCCAGUCUGACCUUGGAUCAUAAGUAGAGUUUGUUCCACAGAAACACGAAUGUGUCGUAAGCAGCGGAUGAUG